AUGCCUCGAUUCGUUCCACGACCGAAGCUGUUCUACCGACCAAAUCCCCGACUCUUUUAUCGACCCAAGCCGUGUUACCGGUCGAGGCCCCGAGUCGUUGUUUAUCGACCUAAGCCGAUCUACCGACCAAUUCCCCGAUUCGUUUAUCGACCAAAGCCCAUCUACCGCUCAACUCCUCGAUUCGUCUACCGACCAAAG